AUGUCCUCCUCCCCGUCUGCUUCUCUCUACGUUGGAGAAUUGGAUCCUACCGUUACGGAGGCCAUGUUGUUCGAGAUUUUCAACAUGAUUGGGCCCGUCGCGAGCAUCCGUGUUUGCCGUGACGCGGUCACUCGUCGCUCGCUCGGCUACGCGUACGUUAACUAUCUCAACGCCGCCGACGGUGAGCGUGCUCUGGAGCAGUUGAACUACUCCUUGAUCAAGGGCCGUGCCUGCCGUAUCAUGUGGUCCCAGCGUGACCCUGCUCUGCGCAAGACCGGCCAGGGCAACAUUUUCAUCAAGAACCUGGAUGAGCAGAUUGAUAACAAGGCCCUCCACGACACCUUCGCCGCCUUCGGUAAUGUGCUCUCCUGCAAGGUCGCUACGGAUGAGCAUGGUCGUUCCAAGGGCUACGGUUUCGUCCACUACGAGACCGCCGAGGCUGCCGAAACCGCCAUCAAGGCGGUCAACGGUAUGCUGUUGAACGACAAGAAGGUCUACGUCGGCCACCACAUUUCGAAGAAAGAGCGCCAGUCUAAAAUCGAGGAGAUGAAGGCCCAGUUCACCAACGUUUACGUCAAGAACGUCGACCCCGAAGUGACAGACGAUGAGUUCAUGGAGCUCUUCGGUCAGUUCGGCAACGUCACUUCCGCCGUCGUCCAGAGGGAUGACGAUGGCAGGAGCCGUGGCUUCGGGUUUGUCAACUACGAGACCCACGAGGAGGCGCAGAAGGCCGUUGAGACCCUCCACGACAGCGAGCACAACGGGAGGAAGCUCUUCGUCACUCGCGCUCAAAAGAAGGCAGAGCGUGAGGAGGAGCUGCGGAAGUCUUACGAGCAGGCAAAGAUGGAAAAGAUGAGCAAAUACCAGGGCGUCAACCUAUACAUCAAGAACCUUGAGGACGACAUCGACGACGAACGUCUUCGUGGCGAGUUCGAGCCGUUCGGCGCCAUCACCAGCGCAAAGGUUAUGCGCGACGAGAAGGGUACCUCGAAGGGCUUCGGCUUCGUUUGCUUCUCCUCCCCUGAUGAGGCAACGAAGGCUGUUGCUGAGAUGAACAACAAGAUGAUCGGCUCGAAGCCCCUCUACGUCUCCCUUGCGCAGCGCCGCGAGGUCCGCAGGCAGCAACUCGAGAGCCAGAUUGCGCAGCGCAACCAGAUCCGCAUGCAGCAGGCAGCUGCCAGCGGUAUGGGUGGUUAUAUCAACGGUCCGAUGUACUACCCGCCUGGCCCUGGUUUCCCCCCUCAGGGUGGCCGUGGCAUGAUGGGCUACGGCCAACCUGGUAUGAUGCCUCCGCGCCCUCGCUACCCUCCCAACGGCCAGGUUCCCGGCAUGCCCAUGCCUGGUCCUUACGGCCAAGCCCCCCCUACGCCCUACGCCGGCAUGCCUGGUUACCCCCGCGGCGCGCCCCGCCCUGGUCCUCCCGGUGGUCGUGCCCCGCCCCCCGCCGAAGGCCAGGCUCCCAACGGCGCUGCUCCGCGCCCUGCUGGCCCGCCGGGCGCUCCUGCUGCCCGCCCUCCCGCUGGUGCUCCGCCCGCUGCUGGACGCCCUCAGGUCAACAGGCCUGCCCAGCCUCGUAACGGUGCUCCUGCUGGCCAGGCGCCGCCGGCUGUCGCUGCACCGGGUGAGGCUCCUACGCUCACCGCUGCUGCGCUUGCUUCUGUCACUCCCAUGGAGGCGAAGCAGAUGCUCGGUGAGCACAUCUACAUGAACAUCGUCGCGUCGCAGCCUGAGUUGGCUGGCAAGAUCACCGGCAUGCUGCUGGAGAUGGACAAUGCCGAGCUUAUCCAUCUGCUCGAGAACACCGAUUCGAUGACCUUCAAAGUCAACGAGGCCCUCGCUGUUCUGCACGAGUUCCAGGCGAAGGAUGAGAGCAAGUAA